UAGUUAAUAUUAGUGUGUGUGAAUGUCAUUGCACAAGUGAUAUAUACAAAGUGGUAGUCUAAUUAAAAUGUUAGAUUGAUAUGGACCGUAGAUCUUGUACAAAAUUUACGGUCAAUAUGCAUUGCAAGUUUAACAUAUAUAUUAAGAACCCUAAUCUACAUUUCUCUUCACAACCCCCAUUCUGAGUCCGCCGUCGUACUCUCUUGCUGUCUUAUCUCUCACAAUCUAUCUACUCUGUCACUGGCUUCUUUUUGUCUCUUAACCAAACAAGCAAUCUUUCGCCUUUAGGCCUCCUCCAGUUAUAUCCUAUUAGUACUGACUAAAGGUAUCGCUAAGGUUAGGGAGGCUUGUGGAAGGACACAGGGGAAAAUGCUAGCUAGCCUUCCGGCGGGAGUUAAGUUGACCGUAGAGUUUGAUGACCAUCACAGACCAAUUGGACGUCACAUGUCCCACUAUGCCACCAUGCAAGGACUUGUUAUUCGCAACAAGGAAUUCACUCCACUUGGCUAUAAAUCUUGGCUUGAACUGCCAGGCGAGAAUAAGAACAAAAUGGUGCAGGAGGUUCUAAAAAAAUUUGAAAUUGGGGAUGUAGAGUUGAGGGUCAAGUACUGGUAAAGUCUCUCGGAAAGAAGUGGAAAGAAUAUCGAUGUGAACUGAAAAAGGCAUAUGAUAUACGCUUUAUUGAUGCGGUUCAUGCGGAGAAACUUCAGAACCUACUUAAAGGGGUUUCUGAGUCUGAUUGGCUAUGGCUGGUGGAUCACUGGGGUGGACUGGCCAUGAAGGAACUCUCUAGGCGGAACAAGCAAAGAAGAGCGCAGCAGACAAUGCUUCACUGCACAGGCAGAAGAUCCUUUGCUCAGAUUUCUGAUAAGAAAGUGAUACAUUUUUUUCAUAUUCAUGUUAAUUUGUAUAUUUUAUUUCUUCAUAAUUGCAUGAUUUCAAUUUUCAUUAAUUUCCUUUCCACAAACCAGGAGAGGAGUACUGGGGUUGAACCAAGUAGGCUUGAUGUCUUUGACGUGGCAUACAGAAGAUCAGAUGGGACAUUCUCGGAUCCUGUGGCUGAGCAGAAAGGCGAGGAGAUCAGCAGAUUAAGGAGGGAGAGGGAGCAGGGUCUAAAUUCCUACUCCGAAGAAGAUAUGUUUAGGCUAGUUUUUGGAAGAGAAAGGGAUGGGAGAGUCCGCUGCAUCGGAUAUGUACUUACUCCGACUGUUGUGUUUGGAAGGCAAAGGGCGGUCUGAAGUGAACUUUGAGGACUGAGGCUUCCCUGAACACAAAGAAGAAGUAAGAAAAGACCCGAAAACAGAAGUGAUGAAAAAUAGGGGGGACUGAUUUAUUUGCCUUUUUAAGUUGAAUGGUUUUUUCCUCUUCCAUUUGGACCCUUUUUUUGUUAUAUUUUAUGGGUCACAAACUCUUGUGAAACCAACAGAAAGCCCAAACCAGACUGGGCUUAUUUUCGUAGUAAGUCCAGCCCAAGACUUGAAAGUUUUAA